AUGGCAACGACUGUUGGAAGAAACAUAGCAGCACCGUUGCUGUUCUUGAAUCUGGUGAUGUACCUUAUUGUACUUGGUUUCUCAAGUUGGUGUAUCAAUAGAUACAUCAACGGUCAAACUAACCACCCAAGUUUCGGAGGCAAUGGCGCAACACCGUUCUUCUUGACGUUUUCGAUCUUAGCCGCAGUGAUAGGGAUAACGUCGAAGUUGGCCGGAGCUAAUCAUAUUAGGUUUUGGAGAAACGAUAGUCUUGCGGCCGCCGGAGCUUCCGCUAUCGUUGCAUGGGCCGUUACCGCUCUUGCCAUGGGGUUGGCAUGCAAGCAAAUAAACAUAGGAGGAUGGAGAGGAUGGAGAUUGAGGAUAAUCGAAGCGUUCAUUAUAAUUCUGACGUUCACGCAAUUGCUCUACCUUAUGUUGAUCCAUGCGGGUGCAUUAAGCAGCAAGUAUGGUCCUGGAUAUAGAGACCAUGACUACGCUACAGGCCAAGGACAUGAACAUCACGUACCAGGCACAGCUGGAGAGCACAAGGCUGGUGUUGGAACUACCAUGGCCGUUUAG